GACUCAAAGCUGCUGAUAUCAUCUCAAACAGGAACAUAACUAAAUGAGCUGAAGUGAAGCCUGCUCAGAUUCAGAGAGGGAGCAGAGAGAAAAACACAUCCACACAGCACAGAUGCUCAGACGCUUCACUACAGUGUCAGGGAUGAUGAAGAUGAAACUGCUUCUUGUUGCCAUUCUGAUGAUUAUUCUACCAGCGAUGGAGGUCAUUGGUGUUGGACCAGCCCCACCUGGACAACCAGAUGCAUGGCUAACAACAACAGGACGUGCUGGACUAAAUCUAAAUGGGAAGAUGUUCACUCUGUCUUCUAAUAAUGGAGGAGUAACCUUCUAUCCCCCCAGUUAUCAUUUCCCCACUCCCUACCAAACCAGAAGACACAAAGACAGAGCUCUCAUGACCACCGCAGCUACAACCAGAGCCCCAACUGCAGUGAGUCCAACUACAGGUGUGUCUGUGUGUCUGCGUUACAUGACUGACUAUAUGUAUCAAACCUUCCCGCUCUUCACUGUCAGUCCAAAGAAAUCCACUCUAAAGCUGCAGGGUAGCGCUGACAUAUUCACGCUAUCAUAUCAGGAUCACAACAGCGUGGGCCUGGAACCCAUUGUGUAUUCAUGGCCGGACAUUAAACAGGACAUCUGGACCAGUGUCUGCCUCACUGUGGACACCAGUAAAGGUGUGGUCCAGCUGUUCAAUGGUGCGUACAUGAGCGUCAGGAAGGUGCUGCCAUCUCAGUAUGUGUGGGCAGGUGAGCCUGUCAUUGACUUCCCGGGUUUUGAUGGUCAGCUGACAGACGUCCACGUGUGGGAUUAUCCUCUGAACUAUAAAGAAGUUUUCUACUACAUCACUAAAGGCUACUAUGGGUCUUACAACGGCUCUGUCAUCUCCUGGUCCUACAUCAGCUAUUCUAACAGAGGAAGGGCAGUCAUGGAGGACUCCUAUGACAUGCAGGCAAAACAACCAAUCAGGGAAGCUGAGCAAGAGCGUGGCCUGAAGGAAGAGAAGCUGAGAUUUUUCAGCGUGGAGGAGGAAAAAAGACAACACUUGUUUUAAUGAUGACAGAGUAGGGAUGGAGUAGGGUAAUUAGUAGAAAAUAAUCCAGUCAUAAAAGACUUGACAGUGAUUAAUCGUGUUUUGAAAUUAAAUGUUUGAUUUGAUUUCAGUGUGUGGUUUUGUUUAUGAAGCAAGAUUGGAAACUAAUUUUACACUCUCUCACUUUGGACACGUCCAUGCUCCCUCAGGCUGUGCAUGACUUUGUGUUGUGCACGUAGCUGAAAACUGCCACAUCUGAUCCAAACAGCAACCUUGAUUGAUAAAAAAUGAAGGUAAAGUGCCAAAAAGUGCUUCUUUUCCACCCUUCCACACUCAGCUUUAUCACCAGUGUGAAUUUACACUGAUUAGUCAAGGUGCACUUCAGAUGUCUCUGCAUGUGGCUGUGAAUGCACCAGAAAAAAGAUUACCGUAAGUAAAAAUUUGAGACACAGAUUUGGACAAAAAAUUAAAAUCUGAAGCUAAUUAUUCAUUUUUUAUGUGUUGUGGUUGUUUUUGUGUGUUUAUUAUGGAAAACAACAAUACAGAGGUGGUGGAGAGAGAGUAAUGAAUGAUAUCUGUUAAGGUGCUAUAUUGUGCUUUAAAGGAGCAGUUCGGUGUUUUGUGAAAUGGCCUUGCUUGAUUCUGGAGGUGUCAGAUUUGUUGAAGACCUAAGUGCAGCACACAUUCAUGCUUAAUCCACAACUAAGAAUCAAACAGGGACUAGAGAGGGAAUCAAAACAGUGGAAAUAAGAAAAAGUGACAAUACUUUUUAAAUUAGCACAGAGUGUCACUUCAGCUCAAGUUCUAUUUUAUUUCUCUUCAUGAUUUUAUUCUCAGUUUCCUUUGAGAAUUUGUAAUCAUAUUUAUGCCCCUGAGUUUGUUUUUCCUGCACUCCUGUGAUUUCUGAGUCACGUCUGUAUUUCUGUAUUUCCCUGUGUUCAGUUACUUCCUGAUCUUUUAUGCUUUACAUUUAUUUUUUCAGUUUGUCUUGGUUCAGUUUUGCCUCGUCCCUCAUGAUUGUGUGUCCGCCUGCUCUGUGUUUCUGUCACGGUCCUGGGUCGGUGACCCUGUGUUAUUUUGUUAUCAUUAUUGCUCUAGGAUUUCUUCGCUGUAAAGGACUUCUUGUGUUCUGAUUUGAUGUUUGAUUUUCCUCAUUGUUAUCACAAUUAGUGUCUGGGUUUCUUUCUCUGUAUUUCUAGUGCUCUAGUUCUUUGUUCUGUGAUUUCUAGUUUUUAGGUUUGGUUCAUGUGUCCCUUUUGGUUCAGUGUCAGGUCUGGGUCUGUGUCAGUUGGCUGUUUCCUGUUUAGCUUUGAAAGUCUGUUUCAUGUCAGCGUUUCUAGUUUCGCUUCCCCUGUCUCGUGAGGUCAAUUCCUCAUUCCCUCUUGUUCCUGUGUAUUUACAGUGUGUGUAUUUCUCCGUGCUCCUCGUUAUUUCAGAGUCUGUUCCAAGUUUAAUAGCUUCCUAGUUUCCUGUUGUUUCUUUUUUUCCUCAGGCCUUAGUUUCUAGUUUCCAGUUUUUGGUUAUAUGUUCUUUCUCAUCGUGUUUGGAUGUUCAGCGGCAAUAACAGCUGCCUCUCAAAAUUUAACUCUUUUGUGGUCUGAGUCCUGCAUUUGAGUCCUAAACCUGCCUGCCACACAGCAGAACCGUGACAGUUUCCCUACUUUAUGUUAGGUGACUGACUAUAACGGCUGGACUCAGUAGCAGAAACACACACAGGCUCGGCGGUUGCAGUAAAUGCUGUUUUAUUUACAGUGAUAGGGGAUAUUUACAAGAGACGGGGUUAUUUACAGUGAUCGGAUAAAUGUGCAAGGACCGAGAGGGAAUGAAACAGAGCCGAUGCAUGCGGGAGGAUGGGUGGUGCACUGGAGUGAACUGAGGAUGAGGGACAAAACAGAGUUAGGGAACUGCGCCGCAAGCCAAGGGGUGAACAUAUGUAAACAGGGAGAGUUGGAGAGCUUACUUGAUACACAGUAAAUACAGAUGCGGGCGGUGAUCACAGGCAGAGGUGAGGUAAAUCUCCAAAAGAACAGGCAGGCGAGCAGGCGGCGGGACAGGCUAGUGCAGGGGGUCUGCAAUGGAUCUGCAAAACAUUUUACAACUUGUGGAAGUGACAAAACUCCGACAUCAGGCGUCCGUCGCACAGCUCUUUGAAUGCUCCCUCUGAUGGGGAGAGAGAAGGAAGACAGGAUGAAACACAUGCUGUGGACGAGAUCCAGAGAUUAAUAACAAGUGUGAUUCAGCAGAGAAGUCUAUUAACACAUGUUGAGUGAGAAAGGUGACCAAAAAGGAAAUACUCUCCAGCAGUUUACAGGAUUCAGGGUCACCUUAACCAGCCCUGACUAUAUGCUUUAGCAAAAAGGAAAGUUUUAAGCCUAAUCUUAAAAGUAGAGACAGUGUCUGUCUCCUGACUGGAAGCUGGUUCCACAGAAGAGGGGCCUGAAAACUGAAGGCUCUCCCUCCCAUUCUACUUCCCCCUGAAUUUUCUUCCGAACCCAGAUUUUGUGGAGCUAUGGUAAGUGUUGGUUGUUUU